AUGGCGGAACACAACAUUGUUGUUUUUGCGGGCGACCACUGCGGCCCAGAGGUUAUUGCCGAGGCAAUCAAGGUUAUCAAGACGGUCGAGGAGCUGAGCCCGACUGCUGGCAAAUUCAAUCUGCAGGACCACCUGCUCGGAGGGUGCUCCAUCGACCAGACCGGCACCCCCCUCACGGACGAGGCCCUCGCCGCCGCCAAGGCCGCGCACGCGGUGCUCCUCGGCGCCAUCGGCGGCCCCGAAUGGGGCACCGGCGCCGUCCGCCCGGAGCAGGGCCUCCUGCGGCUGCGCAGCGAGAUGUGCGCCUACGGCAACCUCCGCCCCUGCUUCUUCGCCUCGGACGCCCUCGUCGAGUCCUCGCCGCUCAAGGCGUCCGUCUGCCGCGGCACCGACAUCAUGCUGGUCCGCGAGCUGACCUCGGGCCUGUACUUUGGCGAGCGAAAAGAGUACGACGGCGUCGAUGCGUUUGACACGACCGUCUACACGAAACCAGAGGUCGAGCGCAUCGCGCGGCUCGGCGGCCACCUGGCCAAGACCAGGGGCGACUCGCGCGUCAUCUCGCUGGACAAGGCCAACGUGCUGGCGACGAGCAGGCUCUGGCGCCAGGUGGUGGACGAGGUCUUCAAGAACGAGUUUCCGGAGCUCAAGGUCGAGCAUCAGCUCAUCGACAGCGCGGCCAUGAUCAUGGUCAAGAACCCGACGCAGCUGAACGGCGUCAUAAUAGCGCCCAACUUGGCAGGCGAUAUUCUCAGCGACGAGGCGAGCGCCAUCUCUGGAAGCAUAGGACUCCUGCCGAGCGCGAGUCUCUGCGGGCUGCCGGGCACCGCAGUGCCUUCCAUCUGCGAGCCGAUCCACGGCAGCGCACCGGACAUUUCAGGCAAGGGAAUCGUCAACCCCAUCGGCACCAUCCUCUCCGUCGCCAUGAUGUUCCGGUACUCGCUGAAUCUCGCCCACGAGGCCAAGGUUGUCGAGGACGCGGUCCGCGCCGCCAUCGACGGCGGGCUGAGGACAAAGGACAUGGGCGGGAGCACAGGCACUGUGGAAGCAGGAGAGGCCAUUGUUGCGGAGCUGGUCAAGAUUCUCAAGGCGUGA